GUUAGCAUAUAUGUAUAUCACGUAAUAUAUAUUUUUCCUUGGAUUUUCAUGCAACAAUGAAUACAUUAUGCCUUUUCGUACUUAUUUCCUAACUGUAUCAAUUGAAAAGAAAAAUAUCUAAAUAAUCUAUUGAUUGUCACUGGUCACAAUUACUAAGUAUAAAUCAUCAAAAUUGAAAAAGUCUUGUUUUGAAUAAAUAGAUCGCAUAAAACGUGAUCAUAGAGCAUAUAAUGAAUUGGCGAAAAUUUUGGAUGAUCAAGAAGAGUCAGGAUGAAAAUAUAAACGAAACUGAAACGUAUACAGAUGAUGGAAUUACUGAAAGCGAUGAGACAAUCUCGACGAAAAAGAGUUCUAAGAAUAUUGACACUUCCCUUCAUAAAUUAUCUUAUAAGCGAUUACCGGGAGGAUAUCUUAAGUUCUUUUUUCUAUUGCUUAACAGCGUGGCCGUUCUUGCAGGUUUAAUAGCGAUAGUGAUAUCUACCUGGAUGUUGACUAAUGGAGAUUUAACGUCUAGAUUAAUCGGUCAACGACUUUCUAUGACGAUUAUAUUAAUUUUAGGAGUGUUUGUGACUUUUAUAGCUUUUACUGGAAUUAUAGGAAUCAGGAAGAAACGGAGAUAUUUUAUGAUUUUCUAUUUAACGUGCCAAUCGCUUGCUCUUUGUGCUAUAUUUAUAUGCCUGACAAUCAGUUUUCCAUUUUUCGAGAAGAUUACGAAGAAAAUUCGAGAUGACAUGAUAAGCGCAAUGAAAAAUUAUCAAUCUCUUGAUUGGGCUACAGAAGCAUGGGAUAAUACUCAUAGAUAUUUAAAAUGUUGUGGAAUCAAAUCUUCCCAAGACUGGUUGGAUAAGCAAAUGGAAAUUCCGCAAAGUUGUUGUUCCAUAUCGAUUAUUCAGUGCUCACAUAUGACAGAAGACAUAGCUUAUAAGUCUGGAUGCUUAAAGGAGGCCACGAUGCUGUUAAAAUCGUACAUCCAAACUGCUUCUGUAUCCACUCUUAUCAUAUUUCCAUUUUUAAUAAUCAGCGUGAUUUUAGCGCUCGGUUUGCGAAAAAGGCUGCAGACGAGUCAUUCGAUAGAAGACGAACCGACCUAUUCGAGAAGACAUCAAAGGGUGAACGUGAGUCAGUGAAUGACAAGUCCGAAGUAAAACGUUUUCCCGUUUUUUAUUAUCAUAUAUAGAUCAUAUAUUUUCUGAAAACACUUAAUAUAUUGUACUUAAGAUAGUAAUAUUGUAAGUUUAUUGGACAUGCUGGUUGGGUCGCGUGACGCUGUCUGCCGCGUGGCAGUGGUUCAAAUGGAAAAUUCUGCAAUUAUUCACUUUCGACGCUUUCUACGAUGAUCACCGAAUCGGGGCUGUGUGCUUCCAACACGCGAGGGGCGAAAAAAUACAUUUAUAAAAAUUA